AUGCUUAAGGAUGAAAAAGGUUGGGAGAUUGAUGAAUCUCAAUACCUUGAUAAUUUGAUUAGUGGAAAUCUUGAAAAGACAUAGGAGAAAAGAAAAUUCGUUAUUACUAGCCAUAGAGUUAGGACAUUGUCAUAACCAAAAAUAGUCCCUUCUAGUAUUUAGUCAUGUAGAAAGCAUAUGAUAUCCAGAUCAUAAAUUCAAACUGCGAAAUAGAACUUGUAAUUUAAUUUUGUAAUUUUGGAUUAAAUACUUUAAAGGAAAAGAUCAAAUCAUCUUUCUCAUUUAUCAUAAUUAUCCUUCUCUCCAACUAAACAAAGUCUUUAGUUUUCAUCAUAAAAUUCAUUUACAAAAAAUAAUUCAAAGUGUAAUAUAGUAAAUAUGAGCAAUUUGCUGUUGAAUUCUCCGAAAACAAUAUAGAGAUCUCAAAUAUAAUUAAGUCAAGUACUUGGUAGAGUUUAUAAAUGA